CGUGAUCAAAACAAGCAUAUUCGUCUUCAAUUUACAACAUCGAGAAAGAUGUCUCUUCUUGAACAAUUAAAGAAUGUGAAGUUAAAAUCAUCAGGCGUCGAGAGGGAUUUUUCAGGUCCAAAAACGACUGGAUUUUUGUCACAAGGGGAAAUUGACAAAUAUCAGAACUCCGUGUUGGAUGUCAACACAGAGCAGUGGUAUGCUCUCCUCAAGGAUGUCACAUUUGAGACAGUUUAUUGUUCGAUAUAUUACGAUGAAGCUCAGUUGUUCGUGAAAGUUUAUGAAAAAGUUUACAAGGAUGGUGACUCGUCGGAAAUUGCAAGUCGGAAUUGGAGAGAUGCUUUGUGCGCAGAUGAUUUGGAGCUAGUGCAAGCCAUGACAGAUAGACUACAGGAGCAAAUGUUAACUUACACCCAAGACGGUGGCUCAGCUUUUGUUAAAACUUCCAGUCGGAGUGCGAAGGAUGCUCCUUUGUACCAAGAAAAAAUCAAGCAACUUUAUUUGGAGAAACUGCAUUCACACCCAAAAGAACUCCACUGUGAUGAAAACUUGCAAAUAACAUGCUUGCUUGAAGCAGCUUUUGAGGCAAUGAAAGUGGCAGAUGCUGGCACCGUUUUGGAUAUGUUUAUGAGAAGCGAGAGGAUCUUUCAGGAUAUGCUCCUCGCCACAGAAAAGAAAGACCGUUUUCACGAGAACUUUGUCAUUCGCCGGUACCAUCACAUUGAUGUUGACAUGGAGUUCCGAGGCUUUGUCUUCAACAACAGGCUGACUGCCUUAUCUCAGUAUAAUUACCUCAUCUAUUCUGAGAGACUGGUAAAACAGAAAGAACACAUACUGAAUCUCCUUACUGAGUUCUACAACAAAGAAGUUUUACCCAGGCUAAAGACAGCAAAGUUUGAGAAAGAUUUUAUUAUUGAUUUUGCACUCACUGAUGAAGGAAAAAGAAUCUGGGUAAUAGAGAUCAACCCAUUCAUGGAAACUACAGAUGGUGCGCUGUUUGACUGGAACAAGGAACGUAGCAUACUGGAAGGACGAGAGGGAGAAGAUGUGACGUUCCGUUUAACAACGAGACCAAAGCCAGGUGCCAAAGUUAUGCUACCUGUGGGUGCGAGACAACUUUUACAGGAAACCUCAUCUACCACCAGUGUGUGACACUAGUACCUCAAAUGUAAGGUUAUUUUAAAACUAAGUGAAAAUAUAGUUGUGGGUCUGGGUGAGGGCACUGUCAGUGGGUCCAUGCACCUCUCUAAACUUCUGAGGUUCUCCCUCUACUCCUCUCCCUUUACACCCUCCCCCUUCCCCCCCUCUUAUGAAAAAAUAAUGAGAGAUAGAAGACAAAACCAAGCCAUUUAUCCAUCCCUAUGACCUACAUGUACAUAUGACAAUAAAGUUGUCCUUUGUUCAAUCAAAUAAAUGCUCAUGCCACCCCUCCCUGUCUCCCUCGUAAGGACAUAUUAGUGAUAAUGUGAUGGUAUCUGUCUAUCUGUGAUUAUGACCCGUUUUGCCUAUCAUAUCUCUGAUAAGUGUGUUGACUGUUGUUAUAAUUGGCAGGGAGGUUUAUCUAUGAACAAUGCACAUUGAUGUACCAGAUAGUGUAUACUAGUACAGACAGCUGCACCAU